AAACCGUCAACACACCAGUGCCACAACCGCCACUGAGUAAACGCGAACGCAAAGCGAUCAGAGCGCGUGAGAGACGCGAGGCUGCAGAUGUAACCGUUGCAGUGGAUGAGUGCAUCGCACAUCUGGUCUGUGUAAAGGUGUGGGUGUGUACGAAAAUCAUGCGUAAUGUAUGAAAUACAAGAUAUGUGUGUGUAUUAGAAGCAUUCGUAAUGUACGUCACUUUUGGUCUGUGAAAAGGCAUGUGUGUGUAGUGAAAGUAUGUGAGAAAUAUGGAACACCAUACAAUGGAUGGGUAC